GAGUGGGCGGGGCUGGUGCGGGAGCGGCGGCGGCAGGUCCCGGGUCGGCGAGCGGAGCCGCGAUGGGAAUGUGUCUGCCCUGUCUGGGGGGCGCGGCGGAGGAUGUGGUGCAGACGCCUGAUCCGGACACAAGAAGGAAACAACUAGCAGAAGCUGCUGAGAAGCGCCAGAAAGAGAAUGUGCACAGAGGCAUUAAGAAUCCAGAAUCUGUGGAACGAAAGAAGAAAAAGCAGGAGGAGCUAGAAAAACAGCAGAUGAAUUCCUUACCUACAGGUGGUGGUGGUGGCCUCCGGUGGCAAGUCGGUUAAAGGGUCUGAAGAGCUGAUGAAAGGUUCCAAUAUUGCCAAUGUAGCAUCGACCUUGCCAGCCCUGGUUACUGAGCGGUUCAUGUUCACUGCGUGGCUUUCAGUGUUGUGUGGUUGGAAAGACCCAGAGACGUGCCAUGCUGCUUCGCAUUGAAUGUUCUGUACAAAAGCUUUCUGUAUUCCUACAGAAAAGUACAAUGUUUCUUGCAGUAAUUUAAAAACCUGCUGAUUAAUGUUUCAUCCGACCAACCCAGUCAUUCUUACAAAACUGUGAACACUACUCAUAGCUUCCAUGUUGCUCACCCAGCAUCUUUUGCUUUUGUCAGAGAUUGUAUUACUAGAUAUUUAUUUUCUACAUAUUGUUAUUAUUUGUAGAGCAGUGUUAAUUGUAGAUUUUUGUAGAUAAUUUUGCUGCAUCUCUAUUAGCCAAGGUUUUCUAUAUUUAUAUAAAAACUCUAAACCUUUGUGCCUUGGAUAUAGUGUGGAGAGAUGUGUGAUGAUAUUUCUUUUAAUGCUGUAAUUUAUUUACUAAAAUAGCAUUAUUUUGGGGCACCUCUUAAUUUAUUCUGUUCUUUAUCCUGCACAGUGUAGACUCUAAUCAAACCAGAACACUAUAUACAAGUAUCUCUAACUAUAUGUACCCAACCCAUUUAGGAAUAAUGCCUUUUUAGGACUAAAUAAAAAAAAUCUUUGAUA